AUGCUCUUUACGUCCAUCUUCCCUGCCUUGAGGCUUGCAACACUCUUUUUGCACGUUUCAUUUGCUCUCGCUUAUCCCCACAACACCACCUAUCCUUUAACCGUCAUCGAGAAGUUCACUGUUCCGGUCAGCUUCGAAAAUAUUGCAACACGUCGCGACGGCCACCUCCUCGUGACCUCUGUGGAGUCAUCCAUCCUCCGCCAAGUCUCUCCAUUUGGAAACAAAAACUCGGUCGCAAUUGCCAGUAUACCCGGAGCAACCAGUCUACUCGGUAUUGCGGAGUUGAAGGAGGAUGUCUUCUAUGUUGUUGCGGCAAACGUCAGCUCAACCACCGCUAUUCCCGGAACAAAUGCCGUUUGGGAGAUAGAUCUUCGUGACUCUCAAGCCUGCUUUUCGGCGAGAAAAGAUCGCAAAUUAUGCGCAAAGACUACCCUGAUUGCAAAGGUUGAGAGCGCUGGAUUGCUAAAUGGCAUGUGUCGGUUGAGCACCAACGAUGAUUCCACUCUCCUGAUCGCCGAUUCUGCUGCCGGCAAUGUUGUGAAGCUUAACGUCGACAUCGGCUCAUACGAGACAAUAAUUAACGACAAACAAAUGAAAAAUAACUCCACCGGGUUACAAGUUGCUAUCAAUGGCGUUCAUGUUUAUGGGACUUGGCUGUAUUUCACAAAUCUGAACCAAGGGAUUUUUGCCAGAGUGCCACUGGAUUUGAGCAAUGGCACGGUCACUGGUCCCGUCGAGGUGAUUGUCAACAACACGCCCGGUGACGAUUUCAUAAUAUCGCGGGAUGGCGGAAAGGCAUGGAUUGCAAUGAACGGGCAUUCUCAUUUGGUUGAGGUUGAUAUCAACCGUAAAACAGCCAAGGUUGUGGUUGAUUCGACUUACCUGGCAUCGGCUUCUGCGGUAUCGUUUGGGAGAACACAGCUUGAUCGGAACAGUUUGUAUAUCUCAUCCGCUGGGGUACUGAAUCCAGCAAAACCCGGCAACCACACUGUGGGAGGUAUUGUUGCUCGGGUAGAUUUGUGA